AUGCCGCGCCCACCGAUGCCACCGUCCGCACUCCCGCGCGGCGCUCACGCCGUCCUCGUCACCUCAGGCCACCUCCGCCACCUCGAUCCGCACCUCCAGGUCCCCCCUCUCCUCCUCGCCAACUCCCUCAUCGCCGCCUUCUCCCGCGCGGCCCUCCCGCGCCUCGCGCUCCCGCUCCUCCGCCGCCUCCUCGCAGGCGCGCACCCGCUCCGCCCCGACUCCUUCACCUUCCCGCCGCUCGUCCGUGCCGCCCACGGUCCGGCCUCUGCCGCGCAGCUCCACGCCUGCGCGCUCCGGCUGGGGCUCCUCCACCCCAACGUCUUCGCUUCGGGCUCCCUCGUCCACGCCUACCUGCGUUUCGGCCGCGUCGCGGAGGCGUACAGGGUGUUCGACGAAAUGCCUGAUCGGGACGUGCCCGCGUGGAACGCAAUGCUGUCUGGGCUGUGCCGCAACGCCCGGGCCGCGGACGCGGUUGCGCUGUUCGGGAGGAUGGUCGGCGAGGGGGUCGCAGGGGACGCCGUGACGCUCUCGAGCCUCCUGCCAAUGUGCGUCCUGCUCGGGGAUCGAGCGCUUGCUCUGGUCAUGCACGUGUAUGCGGUGAAGCACGGGCUCUCUGGCGAGCUAUUUGUGUGCAAUGCCUUGAUUGAUGUGUACGGGAAGCUAGGGAUGCUAGCGGAGGCUCGUUGGGUGUUUGGUGGAAUGGCAUUACGGGAUCUGGUCACGUGGAAUUCGAUCAUUUCAGCAUAUGAGCAAGGUGGGAAGGCUGCUGCUGCGGUCGAGCUGUUCCAUGGUAUGAUGGAAAGUGGGGUUUCCCCUGAUGUGCUAACACUCGUUAGCUUGGCAUCUGCCAUUGCUCAGUGUGGAGAUGAACGUGGUGCAAAGUCGGUGCAUUGCUAUGUAAGGAGGCGGGGCUGGGAUGUGGGUGACAUCAUUGCCGGAAAUGCGAUGGUUGAUAUGUAUGCUAAGCUGUCAAAGAUUGAUGCUGCCCAGAUGGUAUUUGAUAACUUGCCUGAUCGAGAUGUUGUGUCUUGGAAUACAUUGAUUACAGGGUAUAUGCAGAAUGGACUUUCUAAUGAGGCAAUCAGGAUAUAUAAUGAUAUGCAGAAUCAUGAGGGUCUGAAGCCGAUUCAAGGGACGUUUGUCAGCGUUUUGCCCGCAUACUCGAACCUUGGUGCAUUGCAGCAGGGAAUGAGAAUGCAUGCGCUGUCGAUUAAGACUGGAUUAAAUCUUGAUGUGUAUGUCAGUACUUGUCUGAUAGACUUGUAUGCUAAAUGUGGGAAGCUAGUAGAAGCAAUGCUUCUGUUUGAGCAUAUGCCUAGAAGGAGCACAGGUCCUUGGAAUGCCAUCAUAGCUGGUCUUGGGGUUCAUGGGCAUGCCACGCUUGGCUUAGUUGAUCAAGGUCGGAGUUUCUUCGAUUCGAUGCAAACUGUUUAUGGUAUUGUGCCCAUUGCAAAGCACUAUGCAUGCAUGGUAGAUAUGCUUGGAAGAGCUGGUCAGUUGGACAAAGCUUUUGAGUUCAUACAAGGCAUGCCAAUUAAGCCUGACUCUGCUGUUUGGGGCGCACUGCUUGGCGCCUGUAGGAUUCAUGGGAAUGUUGAAAUGGGUAAAGUGGCCUCACAAAACCUAUUUGAACUUGAUCCCAAGAAUGUUGGAUAUUAUGUUCUGAUGUCGAACAUGUAUGCAAAGAUUGGGAAAUGGGAUGGAGUUGAUGCAGUAAGGUCUUUGGUCCGCGCCAGAAUUUGCAGAAGACCCUGGAUGGAGUUCAAUGGAGGUGAAAGGGUCAGACAUCCAAAUGGUGAACUGUUGCUGGGGCCCACCUUGCUGCGUUAUUAUGCACAGUUUGGUAAUGUGACCUGGUUCCACACGCCGCCUUAUCCGCCGCCUGUUGGUGUGACGUUUUCUGAAGGAACCUUUGCUGCAGCACAAGGAUGGCAACUUCACAAGGCUGAACUCAGGCGCCUCUCCUGUUGGGUGACAACGUGGUAUGGUGAAGACUACGAGAACCGAAUGGUCGAGGGUGCCCCCAUUCGUCGUACUCCAGUUUUGCUACGUCGCGGCAGCCCAUGUACGCUGCCGGCUGGGAAGAUCGCAGCAGGUACAUUGGAACUGUUGGGGUGCACGGCGUUGCCGUCCGGGUGUGGCAGUCGCUUGGGAACGGUUCCCUUGGGAACUGGGCAUCUCUGUUGCAAAGUUCAGUGUUGUGCCUGUCGGGACUCGGGAGAUCGCCUGGCUGAAAACACUGUAGCUGACUGGGAGUCUGAAACCCGGAUGGAAGCGACUUCUCCCGCCCAGCGUGCCGUCCGAUGCUUGAGCUUCGCUCAAAGGCCUCCUCUUGUCUUGUGGGUAUUUCGACGACGCUGGUAUAUUCCUAGCGCAAACUUUAGCUCAGCUGUACUGUUUGGAACUUGGAAGGCGUGA